UUCACUUCAAAACUUUGCCUCAUUUGCUUCUCUCUUUACUCUCUCAUCUAUCAAAACAGCUCCUCCCCACUUCUUUUCUUUAUUAUUAUUUUCCUUUUUGUUCCCCCCUCUGAGAUUUUUCCUUUGCUCUGUUAAGUGACUGAGAAAAGCUCAGUCUGGUGGUUUUUUAAUCCCUUUCCGGUGAAGGUAUUUGCCUUGCACCAUCUCCUCUUUUUUCUUUUGUUCAUCUGCAACUUUUGCCUACAAAAUUUUCUUUUUCUUUGCUUUCCUCCCUUUCCUUACUGAUUAUUGAAGCGCGCUCCUUUUUUAUUUAUAACUUUACAUGAAGUUUAUCUUCCUUUGAUAAACUUUUGAGCCGAUUAAUGGUGCAUUUCUCUUCAUUUCAAGCUUCACUUUAACGUUUUCUUUCUUCAGCUUUUUUUUUUAACCCUUUAUUCUCCUCGUGUCUUGUUUUUAAAGGAAUCUCGUCUUUUCCCCUUCAGCUUUUUAUUUUACUCUCUUCCCACUCUCACUCUCAAUGAGAAGUGAAAGCCUCUGAAACUCAAAAGAACCCAAAACGAAGAAAACAGGAAAAAAAUGGAUACUUGUCCUGUUCCUUCAAUCAAAUAUGCAGAGCACCGCAAUGAAACCAAGCUGUUUUCACCAUUGUUAAAUGUCAGACUCGAAAACCAGCCAGAAAUGAAGCCUCGAAUUGUUCGGAUUACAGUUACUGAUGCUGAUGCCACUGAUUCCUCCAGCGAUGAAGAACAUCAACAAAAGAGAACCCGAGUUUCUUCUCGAAACAGAGUAAAGAAAUUUGUUAAGGAGAUAACUAUAGAGUCCUCAUGUCCCACUGAGAAGAAUAUCGUUGAGAGAAGUAAAACGACGUCGUCGUUGUCAAAAGCUUCUCGGAAAAGGCCGGCGGCUGUUGCUGAAGCUAAAGGUAAAGCGCCGGCGAAAGCACCGGCUGGAAAGAAGUUCAGAGGAGUGAGGCAACGACCUUGGGGAAAAUGGGCGGCCGAAAUAAGAGAUCCUCUUAGACGUGUACGGCUUUGGUUAGGGACCUAUGACACUGCCGAAGAGGCGGCAAUGGUUUAUGACAACGCGGCAAUUCAGCUGCGUGGACCGGACGCGCUUACAAACUUUACAACUCCCCAACAAAAAUCGAUUCAAGAAAAAACCAGCCAAAAACCGUUAUCCAACUCCGAUUAUAACUCCGACGAAGAAUCUCAUAAAACAGAUCCCUGCUCACCGACUUCCGUUCUUCGCUGCCAUUCGCUUUCCGUCGAUGAAGCCGACUCACAAAGCGCCAAAGAAUCGCGCGAAAUCGGAAGCGAAGCUCGAGAUGUUGUCGAUGAUUCUUGCUGCUUAUCGGGAGAAAACUUGUCGGGUUUCUCCGACUAUUCCUCUUUGUUUUCCGGCGACAUGUUUUGUUCAGUGCCCGACUUUUUUGACGAUGAUACGAGUUUACACGAAAGCUUUUUGAAAGAUGAGUUUGGGGACGGGUUUCUGAGUACGUGUGGAGAUUUCGAGUUUGGAUUUGGUGACUUCUCCAGCUUCCAACGUGUUGACGAUCAUUUCCAAGAUAUCGGGGAUUUGUUCGGGUCGGAUCCUCUGUUAGCUAUUUGAGAGUGUGUUUCUUUGAUUUUUUUUUUUUCUGUUCUCUUGUAAUGCCGGUUUUACGGCAAGUUUUGCAUCGGCGGAACCGAAAAUAACGACGGUUGCUUUUUUCCCGUUCUCUGUUGGAGUUUUGUUUAGGUAAUUAUUUUUAUUAAUUAAUGAAAAAACCUCCCGUUUCGUCUAUUUAA